GUUUCCCAGAGAAGAGAGAGAAAAAAAGAUGGUGGCUGCUGUGUAAAGUGGAGCAGCGGCGCAGAGAGCGAGCGACCUAUAAUUAUAACAGCAGAGAGGGGCACAGGCCGUACUUCUCCCUUAAUCUCUUCUCGCCACCCUCGUCUGGUCUCGCCGGCUCGCCCGCCCGAGGCUCUUUUUCUCUCCCUCCCCCUAAAUCAGACACACACGCGCGGGGGAAGGAUUUUGUCGCAGCCGGAAUCCCCGGGGCCGCGCUGGAGAGUUACGCCGACCAAGUGCUUGUUGGAAAGUCUUGGUGGAGGAAGCCGUGCGAGGGGGGAGAUCUGAAGCAUCGUUCUGCAUAGUUUUUUUUGCUGAGAAUUUCGUGUGUAACCUGAAGAUGUCUCGCAGCCCUGAUACGAAGGAGGAUCCCGUCGAGUGUCCCCUCUGCAUGGAACCCUUAGAAAUAGACGACAUCAACUUCUUUCCUUGCACCUGUGGAUACCAGAUCUGUCGCUUCUGUUGGCACCGAAUUCGCACAGACGAGAAUGGCCUCUGUCCAGCCUGCAGAAAGCCCUAUCCAGAAGAUCCUGCAGUUUACAAACCACUGUCUCAGGAGGAGCUACAGAGGAUAAAGAUUGAGAAGAAACAGAAGCAGAAUGAGCGGAAACAGAAAAUCUCAGAAAACCGCAAACAUCUGGCCAGUGUACGGGUUGUACAGAAGAACCUAGUCUUUGUUGUAGGGCUCUCACAGCGAUUGGCAGAUCCAGAGGUUUUAAAACGGCCAGAAUAUUUUGGGAAGUUUGGUAAAAUACAUAAAGUUGUCAUCAAUAACAGCACAUCAUAUGCAGGUUCACAGGGUCCCAGUGCGAGUGCUUAUGUAACUUACAUCCGGUCUGAAGACGCGCUGAGAGCAAUUCAGUGUGUAAAUAAUGUCGUGGUAGACGGCAGAACACUCAAGGCUUCUUUAGGUACAACAAAGUAUUGCAGUUACUUCUUGAAGAACAUGCAGUGUCCUAAACCAGACUGUAUGUAUCUGCACGAGUUAGGGGAUGAAGCGGCCAGCUUCACUAAAGAAGAGAUGCAGGCAGGUAAACAUCAAGAAUAUGAACAGAAGCUGCUUCAAGAACUUUAUAAAAUGAACCCCAAUUUUUUGCAACAGUCGUCCAGCACAGUCGACAAAAAUAAAAACAAACUAGCUGCUCAGCAGAGGUAUGAUGUACCCAACAGUAAUAAUAAAGAUACCUGGCCAUCAUUACAGAGUACAGCUAAAGCAGCCAACGGUCUAACGGUCCUGCUCGAGGACAGCAAAACGCCUCCCAUACUUGAUAUUGGUUCAGAUCCCGAAAACAUGACCACAGAUGGUCCUGACAAAGAACUCAGACCUAUAGAAAAACCACCAGAAAACCUCAGUCUAGGAAAUGGUGACAAUUUUCAACAGAUACCUACCAGUGAAACACCAUCACCGCCGCCAGGCUUAACAAAACCCAAUCCCCUUAUCCCCAUUAGUUCAUCUAACCACAACGCCCGGUCCCCCUUUGAGGGGGCAGCAGCAGAAUCCCAGUCCCUGUUUUCAGACAACAGUAACUUCCGACAUCCUAACCCUCUUCCCAACAGCCUGCCUUACCCCACAUCACCCCAGACAACACAUGACUGGCCAACAGCACCAGAGCCACAGAGCCUCUUCACAUCAGAAACCAUCCCAGUAUCCUCGUCAACAGACUGGCAAGCGGCAUUUGGCUUUGGCUCCUCCAAACAGCAAGAGGAUGACCUGGGGUUUGACCCAUUCGACAUCACCAGGAAAGCCUUAGCAGAUCUGAUAGAGAAAGAACUUUCAGUCCAGGACCAGCCUUCCAACACGGGUCUCAUAUCUCCAACGUCACUACAGAUCCCUCCUCAAACUGCAAACAAAGGGGUCGGUGGCUUCAUGCCCCCUCCUCCAACUGCCACGACUGCCAACUCCAUAGGCAAUUCUUUCCCCAACUCUAUAUUACCCCGGAGGUUUCCAGCUUUUCAACACAGAGCCAUCUACAACUCCUUCAGUUUCCCAGGUCAGGCACGGUACCCGUGGGUGGCCUACUCUCAAAAUAGCAUGAUGCACUUGAACCACACAGCAACGCCCACCUCAAACAGUAACUUCUUGGACUUGAAUAUACCACAGCACAGCACGGGACUUGGUGGCAUACCUAUAUCAGACAACAGCAGUAAUGUGGAAAGUUUAAAUAUGAAAGAGUGGCAGGAUGGUCUACGGGCACUGUUACCAAAUAUUAACAUCAAUUUUGGGGGACUACCAAAUGCUGCUUCCUGCUCUUCAGUGAACCAUGCAGCACCAACCUCAGCCAACAACAGCAGCCUGAACUGGGAGAGUGGGAGUAGCUGGAUGGACCCAGCUAUUAUUACAGGAGUGCCAGCAUCCACAGGGAACAGUUUAGACUCUCUGCAGGACGAGAAUCCACCACACUGGCUGAAGUCGCUUCAGGCCCUCACAGAAGUAGAUGGCCCUGCUGUCGCACAGACAGGGCACAGUAACCCCUUCAGCACACAGAUCCCCUUACACAGAGCUGGCUGGGCUCCCUACCCUCCUCCUUCCAACCCAGGCAAUUUUCACUCUCCACCUCCUGGUUUCCAGACCACCUUCAGACCCCCCAACAACCCCCCCACAGAUCUACUACAGAGCUCUGCAUUGGAUCGUCAUUAGACAUAACUGAUUUAUUGCCCCCUUUCUCUCUAUCUCUUUGCUCUUUCUCUCUCCCUCCCUUCCCACACAUAAUCUCAGUUCCUGAUCAGCCCCAGAUGCAAUGCAGUCACAGGGUUAUGUUGAAAAUUAUCAGGAGAUUUUUUCUGCUCACCAGUCUUUUUUUAAAAAAAACAGCAUGCUCCCCCAUCUCGCAGGCUGCAACCUUCUGACAAUUGGUAUCUUAUCAACAAAGUCACCUUUGGCAAUAGAUUUUUGUGUUGUGUUUCAAGAAAACCGUAAUUUGGGUGAAUGUACAAGAAUUGCAAAGUGAAACACAAAUGGAGUCCUGGGGGUUAAAAUUCAUACUUAUAUAAUGAAAUGCUUUUGAGUUUGUUGUGUCAGAGCGAGUAUGGCAUGCUGGGGUAAGCAUUGUUUGAUUAGUGGUAAAUGGGCAUGUAGUUGAGGAGUGGACGAGUUGACUAAAACAAAUUGAUUUUUUUUAAUUUUGAAUUUAGCUUCAAUAAAUAAUACAAGAAAUAUGUUUUAAAGCAUUCACAAAUUUAAUACCUAGAAGAUAAUAAAAACAGCUGAACACAAAGAGUGGUAUAUACUCAUUUCUUUCUGUCUUUCUCUGUGUCUGUCUCUAUCUCUUGUUGGCUUUUAAAAUUCACUGGAAUGGGAGCUCUGGGAUAGCACUGCCUUUGGGGGGGGGGUCACCUCAUUCUUCAGGAGCACAACCUUUUUGAACUCCGCCUGCUGCUUUGAGUAACCCUGUAGGUUCUGGACAUCGUGCAGUAUUUGAAGACAACGUGGUUAAUCUUGACGCUAAAAUUUAAAAAAAUGUACCUCUUCGGAUUUGGAACUAAAUCUUAAAUAAAAAAAAAACUACUUGACCUUGA